UCCUCCAGCAUGCCGAAUUCAGAAAAGUAUUCGAAACCAAGCGAGCAAAUCUUCAUCUUUGGGCUUCUGGGGAAAACCGGAUAAGCUCAGCACCAGAACCCGACGGGAUCUCGUGUUUUUUCUGUUCUUUCUUCUUCCUUUUCUUCUUUUCGCCUUCUCUUUUGUGUGGCCCGUUUGAGAGAGAGAGAGAGAGAGAGAGACCUUCUCCGCCGCUUCUCAAGAUGUCCUCCCAGGCCUCGGGGCCCCAUUGUUGGAGCGUGCGGGAUGCUGUGCGUCUGGCAGCCUGGCUCUCGGGCUGCGCGGCGGCGCUCUCCCCGAACGGCACCGCGUUCGUGGACCACUGCAAGAAGCACUCGACGUGCGAGGCGCUCAGGUACAACACGUGCCUCGGAUCGCCGUUGCCCUACACGCACACCUCCCUGGCCCUGGCCGACGACUCCGGCACCCAGGAGGAGGCUUUUGAGAAGUUGACCAUGUGGUCCGGUCUGCGGAACGCUCCGCGCUGUUGGUCCGUCAUCCAGCCUCUGCUCUGUGCCAUCUACAUGCCCAAAUGUGAGAACGGCCGCGUGGAGCUGCCCAGCCAGAGCCUGUGCUUGGCCACGCGUGGGCCGUGCAGCAUCGUGGACCAGGAGAGGGGCUGGCCAGGCUUCCUCAAGUGUGACAAAUUCCCCCAAGGCUGUUCGAACGAGGUGCAGAAGCUGAAGUUCAACAUGUCGGGCCAGUGCGAGGCUCCCUUGGUGAAGACGGACAUUCAGUCCAGCUGGUACAAGGACGUGGAGGGCUGCGGCAUCCAGUGUGACAACCCGCUGUUCACCGAGGAGGAGCACGACGACAUGCACGCCUACAUCGCUUACUUUGGCACCAUCACCCUCCUGUGCACCUUCUUCACCCUGGCGACGUUUCUCGCCGACUGGAAGAACUCCAACCGCUACCCGGCCGUCAUCCUCUUCUACAUCAACGCCUGCUUUUUCGUGGGCAGCAUAGGCUGGCUGGCCCAGUUCCUGGACGGAGCGCGCGACGAGAUCGUGUGCAAGAGCGACAACACCAUGCGACUCGGCGAGCCGUCGUCUUCGGAGACGCUGUCGUGCGUCACCAUCUUCAUCAUCGUGUACUACUCCCUGAUGUCGGGCGUGAUCUGGUUCGUCAUGCUGACCUACGCCUGGCACACGUCCUUCAAAGCCCUGGGCACCACGCAACAGCCGCUGUCUGGCAGGACCUCCUACUUCCACAUGGUCACCUGGUCCAUCCCCUUCGUCCUGACCGUGGCCAUCCUGGCCAUCGCCGAGGUGGACGGAGACUCCGUCAGCGGGAUCUGUUUCGUGGGAUACAAGAACUACAGAUACCGUGCCGGGUUUGUGCUCGCCCCCAUCGGGGUGGUGCUCGUCGUCGGAGGCUACUUCCUCAUCCGGGGCGUCAUGACGUUGUUUUCCAUUAAGAGCAACCACCCCGGGCUGCUGAGUGAGAAAGCCGCAAGCAAAAUCAAAGAGACGAUGCUGAGACUUGGUAUUUUUGGAUUCCUCGCUUUCGGCUUCGUCUUCAUCACCUUUGGCUGCCACUUCUACGACUUCUUCAACCAGGCCGAAUGGGAGCGGAGCUUCAGAGAAUACGUGCUGUGCGAAGCCAACGUGACAAUCGCCUCUCAGACCAACAAGCCGAUCCCAGAAUGCACCAUUAAGAACCGGCCCAGCCUGAUGGUGGAGAAGAUCAACCUGUUCUCCAUGUUUGGGACGGGCAUUGCUAUGAGUACCUGGGUCUGGACCAAGGCCACCAUCCUCAUCUGGAGACGGACCUGGUGCAAGAUUAUUGGCCGCAGCGACAACGAACCCAAGAGGAUCAAGAAGAGCAAGAUGAUUGCCAAGGCGUUUGCGUUGAGGAAGGAACUUCACAAGGACCCAGAGAAGGAGCUGUCCUUCAGCAUGCACACCGUGUCCCACGAGGGACCCGUGGCCGGAAUCAAUUUUGAGCUGAACGAGCCAUCGAAUGACAUGUCGUCGGCUUGGGCGCAGCAUGUGACCAAGAUGGUGGCCAGGCGAGGUGCCAUUCUGCCUCAGGACAUCUCCGUUACUCCUACGGGUACACCAGUGCCACCUCCAGAGGAGAGGAACAGACUGUGGAUGGUGGAGGCGGAGAUCUCGCCAGAGAUGAUAAAGAGAAAAAAGAAGAAGAAGAAGAGGAAGAAGGACGUGCGUCCAUCGCAGGAGGCGGCGGAACACCGCGGCUAUCCCCAGCGCGAGUUCGGCCGCAGCUCGGUGCCUCGCUUGCCCAAGUUGCCGUGCCAUCCCAGCCUGGUCGCAAACCUGCGGGAGCAUCAGAGGCAACAGCGGGCGCCGGAGGAGGAGGAGGAAGAGGAGGAGGUCCUGCCGGGGUCCUACCCGGAUACCCGGCCCUCCCACUCCGUGUCCCGCGAGCAGAGGCGCCCCUACCCCUCGUACCAGAGCGGCCGGCACAGCUACGGCCGCGGCCGCCCUCCGGCCUACAGCGACCGCCCGGAGGAUCUGGGCCUCGGCCCCCGCUGCCCCCCCCCAGCCUCCACCUGGCAGCCCGGCGGAGCUGAGGCGGAGCUCGCCGACGGGCUGCCGGAGAGAUUGGCCCACGUGGCUCGGGUGCCGGCUGGACGCAGGGCCGGCUACGGGCCCGUUCACUCUCGGACCAAUUUAAUGGAGGCGGAGCUUAUGGACGCCGACUCUGACUUCUGAGAGCACAGCUCGGGUUUAUCGCUCGGCGGUACGCAGGACAGUAAGCAACAAAAAGUGCUGGAUACUUUCUAAAUUCUUACAUAAGUGCAUCUAAUUCCACCUACCGAGUACUCCAGAUGGAAGCCGGUCACUUUUAAAAUAUAGAGGGGUUUUUUAAUGUUUGGAAAACAGACAAAGGGAUAGUGGAAAAAUAUGUUGUGAAUAAGAAAUACUUUUUUUUUUUUUUUGGUGUACUUUAUUUGUGUCCAAUAAAAUUUCAAGGCAACUCCAUGAUGACAAAAAGGCAGCUAAACUUCAUAUUGCUUGAAACAGAACUCCCCCCCCCCCCCCCCCCCUUCCCCCCGGAUGUAUUCAUUCGCUAAGAUCAGCUCAGCACGACAUCCUCUAUACACCUUGUUAGAAAUCAAUUAUAUUGUUAAUCUUUGUACAACAGCUUGUGUCAUACUUGUUUUUACUGUGCCAGGGCUGUAAAACCCGACUCACACAAAAGACCGUACAGGUUUUUCAAAAAAAUGCUACGGGCUACUUGCAAAUACAUUUGAACCCAUUUGAAUACAUUUGAAGUCUUCUUAUGUGUCAUAUUUAACUUUUUUUUUUAAGAUCCCCUUUCUCUCUUCCCACCACUAUUUAGCCAUUUAUUACUUUUUAAUGUGCUGUGAACUUGAGGUGUGAUUGCAUAUGCUCGGGUUUCUGGUGCAAUGAACCAACAAUUGGCUUCUUUUUUUUUUUUUGUCCAGAUCAAAGAAAUACAUAAAUUAAUGCUGUGGUUUUCUAUUUCUUGAGUUAUUUUUGUAUAUUUCAGAACAUUUUUUCGCCUUGAAAGUGUUUUUUCUUCAGCAGUAUUUCUACAUAUUUUAAAUUGUUGCAUAUUCAAUAUUAACUGGCCUUCAGUUUUUUUCCUUCAUUAAAUCAAGUUAAAAAUCUUUUGUUUGACGUAUUUUAGAUAGCAGUGGGCUUAGAAGUCACUUUUAACAUAAAUGCUUCUAUUUUACAAUCUCUCUUUCUAAGUGUGUAUGUGUUAUGUAUAUACGUUGUUCAUAGAUUUCUCAAUAAGGGUAUAAUUUGUACAGAUUUCUACAUCAAGUCACUCGAUUACUCUGCCGAAUUGAAUAAUAAAAAGGGAAGAGUCAACUGUGCUAUAGAAAGUUGUCACUGUACUUGUGUACACUGUGUUGUAACCAAAACUUCGCCUGUAUUGUCAUUUGAAACUGAUUAAUGACGCUGAAAUCACUCUUAGCCAACGGUAAGUACUUUGUCUAUAUGUAAGUGUCCAGACAUUCAUGUGAAAUGUGUAUGAUGGAGAAUUAUUUGUGUAAGUAGUUAACACACUGCUAUGAAUUCAAUUAUAUAGAACAAAGUAAAGAAUAGCCGAUAUCCGUCCAAGACAUUUCCGUUCAAAGAAUAUUUAGAAGUUAAAUGAGUAUUGUUUUACAUUGUAUGCCCAGAUAUGUAAUUAUUUCCGUUUUUGUAAACUUCAAAAUGUUCAGGCUUACCUGCAGGCCUUGUCUUUGUCUCCCAACUGCGUCAAAAUGUCUUCGUGUCACUUUGUGCAGCUGUACUUCUUGUUUUUAUUUGUAAAUAAAAGGAGCC